AUGGUGAAAAAGGAGGAGGCCAGUUCCCCGAGCAUCCGUGUCUCGGGACAGGCUAACAAGCCUAUGUCUCGGCCUGCCCAUGGGUUACCUUAUGAUCAGGUCAUUGUCGAAUUAGCCGCCGAUGGCCGCCAUGGUCUGUCGAGCGAUGUUGCUAAGCAGCGCCUUGAGAAGUUUGGGAAAAACGCCUUGGGUAAGGCUCAAGGUGUUUCGGUGUGGAAAAUAAUGGUAGCGCAGGUCGCCAACGCGAUGACCAUGGUCCUGAUUCUGGCGACGGUCGUGAGCUACGGUAUCGGGUCGUGUAUAGAAGCGGGCAUCAUCGUCACCAUCGUCCUCCUCAAUAUCGUUAUCGGCUCUUUUCAGGAGUAUUCCGCCGAGAAAACGAUGGAUUCCCUCCGUUUGCUCAGUUCUCCCGCGGCCCGCGUCAUACGCGACGGGGCCCCUCUCGUCAUCCCCACGGCCGAAGUGGUAAUUGGCGACACAGUUGAGCUCAAGGCGGGAGAUACCGUUCCAGCUGACAUCCGCAUUAUCAAGGCAGCCAACUUCGAAACUGACGAGGCGCUCUUGACAGGAGAAUCAUUGCCUGUGGCCAAGGAUGAAGACACGUUAUUCGACGACGCUGCAGGACCCGCCGCCAGGUUGAACAUCGCUUUUAGCUCCUCAACCGUUACAAAAGGCCAUGCCAGAGGCGUCGUGUUUGCCACAGCGUCUUACACUGAAAUCGGAGCAAUUGCCGCUGCGCGUCGUCAAAGAGACUCGAGAAUACGACCCGUGAAGCGGAGCGCGGACGGGUCAGCUAAACCUCACCGUUACUUGGAGGCCUAUACCCUGACACUUACGGACGCCAUCGGCCGCUUUCUCGGCGUUAACGUAGGGACACCCCUCCAGAAGAAACUAUCCAAGCUCGCGAUCCUACUCUUUGGCGCUGCUAUACUAUGCGCCAUCAUCGUUAUGGCUACCAAUAAGUUCGAUUCUCGGCGGGAAGUUGUCAUCUAUGCGGUCGCCACCGGUUUAUCGACGGUCCCAGCCUCCCUGGUGGUCGUGCUAAUGGUCACCAUGACCGCUGGAACGAAGCGUCUGGUAAAACGAAACGUAAUCGUCAGGAACCUGAAGUCCUUAGAAGCCCUGGGUGCCGUUACGGACGUCUGUUCCGACAAGACCGGUACUCUGACUCAAGGUAAGAUGACCGCAAAGCGGGCGUGGAUACCUGGCAUGGGCACCUACACCCUCGAUGCGGCCUCAGAGCCUUCCAAUCCUAUGGAUGGUAAGAUGUCGCUUGAUGCUCGCCAACCGCACCAAAUUGGCACUAUCCAAAGCCCCAGGAGCGGCUCGAGCGUUCUACCUUCGCAGCUGUUGGACCAAAGCGAGAAUGCGUUGCCCGAGUUUCUCCGUGCUGCUUCACUGGCUAAUCUUGCCACUGUCUCUCUCCGAAACGGAGUAUGGAAUGCUCAGGGCGAUCCUACCGAGAUCGCUCUCCAAAUAUUCGCCUUGCGUUUUGGUUGGAAUGGGCUCGACUUCACCGAGGGCGAGAACACGGUGUGGUUGCAGGUCGCCGAACACUCGUUCGACUCCAGUACCAAGCGCAUGUCUGUCGUGUUCUAUAACACGCCGACGGACCAACUCUUUGUGUUCGCCAAAGGCGCCGCCGAGCGAGUCAUCGACAUUUGCACCUCCUAUUGCAAAUGCGACGACGAGGAGGCGAUCAAAAUAGACAACGAAUUCCGAGCAGAUGUCUUGAGGAACACGGAGGCUCUUGCGAGUACAGGCCUACGGGUCUUGGCUCUUGCGAGCAAGAAACUGGUCGAGCCCCCGCAAAGGGCGUAUACGAUCGACCGGGCUCGCGCAGAAUCCGACCUUACGUUCCGUGGAUUAAUUGGUCUGUAUGACCCGCCGCGGCCCGAGUCGGCGCAUGCGAUCCAGAGCUGCCACGAUGCCGGCAUAUCGGUCCAUAUGCUAACUGGCGACCAUCCUGAAACUGCGAGGGCCAUCGCGAUGGAAGUCGGCAUUCUUCCACGCCACUCGGAGCUCGUCAGAGAUGACGUUGUUCAGGCCAUGGUGAUGACUGCAGGCCAAUUCGACUCUUUAACCGAUGACCAGGUCGAUAGGCUUCCGGUCCUUCCACUUGUGGUCGCCCGAUGCGCUCCGGACACCAAAGCCCGCAUGAUCGAAGCCCUACACAGACGCAAGAGAUUCUGUGCGAUGACCGGCGAUGGGGUCAACGAUUCACCCUCCCUCCGCAAAGCAGACGUCGGUAUUGCUAUGGGACUGGCGGGAAGCGACGUGGCUAAGGAAGCGUCAGAUAUCGUGCUUUCGGACGAUAAUUUCGCAAGCAUUGUAGCAGCUAUCGAAGAAGGCCGUCGUAUCUUUGACAAUAUCCAGAAGUUUGUUCUACACAUACUUACCGAGAAUUUUGCCCAGGCCUGUAUCUUGCUCAUUGGCCUCGUGUUUAAGGACGAGCGUGGGCUCUCGGUCUUCGCGCUCUCGCCGGUCGAGAUCGUUUGGAUUAUCAUGGUUACCUCUGGUUUGCCGGAUAUGGGCCUAGGGUUCGAGGAAGCAGUCCCCGGCAUCAUGGCGCGACCACCGCAGAGUCUAAAGACGGGCAUCUUCGACGCGGAAUUUCUUGCAGACAUGGUUGUGUACGGGCUCUGGAUCACGAUACUCUGUCUGUCCAGUUUCGUCCUCGUCGUUUACGCUUUCGGUGGCGGGAAUCUCGGGCAGAAUUGUAACGAUGGGUAUAACGACACAUGCAAAGUCGUAUACCGCGCCCGCGCAACAACCUUCUCCUGCCUCACGUGGUUUGCGCUGUUCCUAGCCUGGGAGAUGGUGGACCGCCGACGGUCCUUCUUCCGGAUGAAGCCGGACUCGCCGCGGUAUCUGACGCAGUGGGCGCACGACGUAUGGCGGAAUAAGUCCCUCUUCUGUGCGGUGAUGAUGGGUUUCGUCACUCUAUUCCCGACGUUGUACAUCCCCGGUUUCAACACUGUCAUCUUCAGGCACCUUAGCAUAUCGUGGGAAUGGGCUAUUGUGUUUAUCAGCGCCGGUCUCUUCUUCGCUGGCGUCGAGAACUGGAAAUGGGCCAAGAGAGUCUACAUGCGGCGCCGAUCCCGCCGCCUCCACAGCCAGGUUGGGAACCCUGGGGACAGCGACCUCGAGAAGCGCGCAUUCGCCAACCCCACACCACUUGGCAGCAUGGACAGUGUUACUCGGCUAAAUACACAGUUCAAGGGGUAG